AUGGCUGAGUAUGCAAAUCUUAUUUUUCUGAGACAAAAGGGUCAUGAAGACAGAUACUGCCUUUACACCGAAGGCAAAUUUGACCUUUCACAGUUAUUUUAUGCUGAAAAAAUCCCUGGAACCAGAGUAUCUGAGCUGAAGGCAAAAUAUAUCCUUCUGCAUGAGACUCUAGUUAGUUUACAGGCAUCAGAGAUUCAGCUGUUACAAGAUGCCAAACAUUUCACUGUUGAAGUAGAACAGCAGCAGCAGGAACUAGAAAAGGCUGACCAGUUUCCAGAAGGUUCCACUUCCGAAGUGUCCAAACUGAGACAGCAGUACCUGAGAUAUCUUAAUGAAUAUAAUGCAAUUCAAGAAAGAGAGUAUGAAAUUCAGUACAAGUUGAACAGCUUAUUAGAAGACAAGAAACUCAUAGAAAAAGAGUAUCAAAGAAUCCCUAAAGCUACUGAUGCUGAAAAACUGAUUAAAGGCCUGAAAGAAAGCUGUGAAGAGCUCCGUAAAGAAACUUCGCAAAGAAGGCAAGAAAUUAAAACACUGAAAGAAGAUUUGACAGUAAGACAAAAGCAUCUCACUAGAGACCAGAAAGAACUUGAUGAAAUCCUUCGGAAGCAAGAAGAUAUAAAAGAUGAGCUUAUCCGUCUCCAGGCCAUUCCUAUUCAGCUUGGGAAAGAAAUGGAGAAACUGAACCGUCGAAAGCAGGAAGCAGAGAAGAAGAUAGCAGCAGUCCAGGAACAGCUGGAAGAAAUAACUGACCACGUUAAAAAAGUAGAGGCUGCAAUUGAGGACACACUUCGAGAGAAGGAAGAUGUGAUGAAAGAAGUGGAUGGCAAGAAAUCAUUGCUGGAAAGCAAGGACCGAGAAUUCAGCAAUUGUAUAAAGAUGCAUGAACUGAACAAAGAGAAUGAAGGAAGUGCCAUAGCUGAAAGGGGCAUUUUAGAAAUUGGAUUCCGCAACUGUGUCAUGAUGAAGCAAAAACUGCAAGAUACUUUGAGCCGCAUGCAACGCGAGAGGGAGAGAGACUUGAGAAAUUUCAAGAAGAUGGAGAUGCAACUGAAAAUAGCUCUUGACAGCUUGGCACAAGUGAAAUCACACCAUGAAAGAGUCCUUUUAGAGAUUGAUGCUCUACCUAAAGAUGAUGGGACGCUAUUAGAAAGGCGAAGGGAACUCCAAAGAGAAGUUGAAAUAGUUAAGAGGAAUCUUGUUCAGGAGAAAACAUCCACUGAUGUUGAGGGACGGAUGCUGGAGCAGUGCAUUGCUGAGGAAGACCAACUUUUUAAAGCUCAGGAACAUUACAGAGAGGAAGUAAACAACUUGAUACGAAUGACUCAGCUCAAAGCUGAUGAGAGGGAACAAAAAUCAAAGGAUUUUUUAAAAGCCCAGCUUCGACUGAAUAACAUUAUUACAGAAAUAAAAACAAAAGACUUUGAAAUAAGGGAACAUAAGAAGAAGAAGAAAGAAAUCCAAAGACAAAUGAAAGAAUUUGCCAAAAUGUAUGAUAUUGUACGUCAUGAGAGAAACAAACUGGUUAACCUUGUGCACACUGCCCACCAAAAAACUGCUGAAAUGAAAGAGCGGCUCAAAAUGUUAGACAAUGAGAGAGAAAUCUUAAGGAACAAUGCUAUAAUUAAAGAGAGAAAACUGCACAAAUACCAGCUGAAGCACACAAACAAUAUUGCCAUCAAGGACAGCAUCCAGAGUGACGUCUGCAAGAUUUUUGCAACGUUGCAAGAGAUGAAGGAAAAGCGAGAGCAGCAGCUGAUGGAUGUCGAAAGGCUGACCAACACGCUCACCCGUGUGGAGGAUGAAAUGGUGCAGCUGUGGAAGAAAUAUGAACGGGCCGUGCAGCGCCGAAAUGAAAGUGGAGUUUUGCUCAUUGAACGUGAGGAAGAAGUAUGCAUUUUCUAUGAGAAAAUAAAUAUUCAGGAGAUGAUGAGUCGAGAUGGCGACAUUGAGAUUAAUGUGAUGGAUGAAAAGAUCCGCUUUCUAAGACUGAAACGGACUGAGAAGAAAAGGCAGAUUGAGUUACUCUUGAAAACACUGCCGAUGAAAAGAGCCCUUGAUGCUGAUUUAGUGGUCCUCCAGAUACAGUUUUCUCAGUGCAAGGACAGAAUUAGAAGUCUGGAGAAACUGUUUACAGAUCCAAAAAGUCACAACAGAACACGAGCACUGCCUGGGAAAGACCCCAGUCUGCCAGAGCUUUUCAAAAGGAUAGAUGAGUUAGAAAUACAGCUAGCACAGAAAGAAGAGAGACUGCUUGAGAAGGACUUUAUUUUUGAACAAGUGUCCCAGUUCACAGAGAAGAUCAGAUUCAAGGUGGAAAAUGGCAAGGAGGACACACUGCUAUUGGCAAAAAAGAUGAACAGACUCCAGGAGAAAAUAAAAGCCACAACAAGAAAGAUGAUGGCUCUUAUUGCAGAGCUAUCGAUGAGUCAAGCAGUUGCCAUUAAACUGCAACAAGAAAUGAGGGACAAAGAACACUUCUUAAUGUCCAUCACUGCCAGGCUCGAGAAGGGUCUAGCACUACCAGAGGAAAUAGAAACGGAGUGGCUGAAGGUGCUGCGUGAUGAAGACAUGUACAAGGCAGCUGCUGAAGCCAGAGCCCAACGUCUUGAAGAUGAGGAAAAACUUGCCUUGCCAACUAGUGUGCACACCACAGCUGAACAGCGCCCCAAUGCCUACAUCCCAGAUGAUGAAAAUGUGCUCCCCUUACCACGGCCCUAUGGGGCACUGGCUCCUUUCAAACCAAGUGAGCCCAGUUCAAAUCUGAGAUACAUAAGAAAGCCAAUUGUAAAGCCAAUCGAGAUCUGA